AUGCCAACUCAAUCAUUAAGAGCUGUGCUUCUUAUGCUCAGUAGCGAAGGCCUUCCAUGGAGUGUGGCAUCAUGGCAAGCACUGACCAGGAUGCCUGGAGAGCUGUGGUUCACAGUCAAUAACAAUAACAUGCUGGAUGAUUCACCCUCAUUGAUGCCUAUAUCACCAAGUGGGAUGCAGAUAAUGAUUCUGCAGGCUGCACUGCCUGGGCCACCUUCAUCAGUAAAUGAUCUGGGCAAUGGGGCAUCAACAGAAUUAUUGACAAGGUGCUUGAGACUGCUGGUUGCUCCCCCAUAUAAAUCCUACAUGACUUCAAGACACCAGCUAGAUGAGGCAUUCCUAGGGACAAGUAGCCUCCUGAAAGGGGAGGUAGUAAAAUUCUGCCACAUGAUCUUAAGUUUGAGUUGGAAUCAGUACUGCAAGGCAGUGUCAUGUGACAUACACUUAAUGGAUUCUUUGUAUGAAAUGGUAACCCAAUCAUGGAUUGCAUUCAGUGCUGAAGGCACUAAGCUGACACCUGCACAAAUCAAGUCAUUCAUCAAGGACCUGCACAAAUUACUCAAAUUAUAUGUUUGUUAUGAUGACAAGGACUGUCGCACUCAGGUUGAACAAUACCUGGAAGAUAUGGUAGAGAUGUUGCAUGUGUCAACAAGUGACAAGGUUAUUUUUUGUCAGGUUAUGAACCCCAAGGGUGCAUCCUAG